GUACAACCCGCGCCGGAGGAUGCGCACCCUCCUCUCCCGAGCAUCUGAUCUUUUCUUAUGCAUCACGUAUAAGAGCUCCUGCGUAUGCGCUAUAGAGGCGUAUCGGUGGUUCACGAGUGGCGAAGGACGUCUGCAGGGAACCUCCCUCCCUGCGAGAAAGGCGCAUCUGUGGCUCGCACCCGGCUCAAACAUAUCCUCACCGCUCUACAAGCUUCACCGAAUCCCUUCCCACAAGUUCCGGGCAGCAGCUCAGACCAACUCUACGCUCUACAAUGCUUUCUCAGGUGAUCGUUAUGGCUUGCGCGACCGUGGCCGCAGUCCGGAGCAACGUCGGCACCAUGGCGCCCAACUAUGGCGGCGCCAGCCAGCAGGCACAACAGCCACAACCUCAACCGCAGCCUCUGUUCCAGUACCAUCCGAGCUUCUACCCACCACCGCUGCCCUACCCGCCCUUCCCCUACUCGCUGAGCCCUUACCAGCUGAGUCACUACCAGCCGGAGCUGUGUCCUCCGCAGCAGCCUCACCACGGUCUCCGCGGCCUGUCCGGUCACAUGAGCUUCAUGCCAACCAACGAUGGCGGGUUCUUCUUCAACAAUCCUAGGAGCACGGCUGACUUGGGCCAAUACCACCAUUCGGCGGGAGAGCGCGACUCCAGCGAGCAAGUCAUCAUGGGCUUGGGACGCAGCAACGGCGCGGUUGGCCACAGCGGUGGAAGCCCCGUGCGCGCCCGGCGCCAUGUGCCGUUUUCUGGUCAUCAUGCCAAGCACUGAACGGAGAAAGCCACGACGGGGCCACCACGGCCACCGGAGCCUUGCCAAUCACCGUUCCUCCCGUUCAUCACCUGCGCGUUGCCUUUGCUCCUCCUUUCCUCCCGGUCCCUCUCACGUGCCAUCAAAUAAACACAAUUUCUAUUGAGA